AUGAAAUUAAUCAGUAUAUUAACUUAAAGCCUGCUAAAUCUAAUGAAGAUCCAUCAACUUCUGUUCCAAGUGAACGAUUUUUUUCAGAUGUCAGAAAUCAUAUUUCUAUUCAUUGUACGCGUUUAGAUCCUAAUCUUCUUCGUAAUAUG